GCGGGAAGGAGAAAAAGGCGAUACGCACGUGUGCGAUACGCGCUUAGUGAUCCACGAAAAUGUCGCUCUAUCGGUUCAGCAAAGGGGGCAGGUUGUUCGUACAAGGCACGAGUGAGGACGACGGUCGUGAUGGCGUUUCACCUAGCCCAACGGGAUCGCGAUCCGCCGAUGAUCUGCGAGCUAUAUACACGAAACGCCGAUUGUCGACCGAGGUCUUAGGUUCGUCGAUCGAAUCGACGAAAACGUCGAGACGCGGUGAGAAUGGCACGAAACGCAUCGUCACUCGCAUCGUCCGCAAGACUACGACUUUAACACGCGGCGAGGAGCGUAGCGCUUCCGAGGACCUCACCAAACGUGCUCAUCCUAGGUACUUACAAGAUGCUAGCUCAGCGACGAUGACCGUAAGCCGACACGUUCCAACGAAAGCGAAAACUGUACGGAUAUCGGAUAUAGUGGUUGGUCAGGAACCAAACGUAACGGCGCGAGAAGCUCUUCUGAGAUGGGCUCGACGAUCGACUGCCCGAUAUCCUGGAGUACGGGUGACCGAUUUCACCUGUUCCUGGAGGGACGGUUUGGCUUUCAGUGCUCUUCUCCACAGGAACCGGCCGGAUCUGGUCGAUUGGAGAACGGCGCGUUCAAGCCAGCCGCGAGAGCGGCUCGAUCGGGUCUUCUUCGUCGCCGAGCGCGAGUACGGCGUUACGAGGCUUCUCGAUCCUGAAGAUGUUGAUACCCCCGAACCGGACGAGAAGUCCUUGAUAACGUACAUCUCUUCGCUCUACGACGUGUUCCCGGAGCCACCGGCCAUUCACCCUCUGUACGAUGCCGAAGCGCAAAGACGGUCCGCGGAAUAUCGUGAGCUUGCGAGCUCGCUUCAUAUGUGGAUCCGCGAGAAGAUGGCUCUUAUGCAAGAGCGAUCUUUCCCGCCGACUCUAAUCGAAAUGAAGAAACUAGCGGCGGAUAGUACGAAGUUCAAAAACGAGGAGGUACCGCCACGAUACAGGGACAAACAGAGAUUGACAUACAUCUUCCGAGACCUGCAAAAGUAUUUCGAAGCGGUGGGCGAAGUGGACAUGGAAACUGAAUUACAUAUUGAUGUCAUCGAAAAGAAUUGGAAUCGCUUAAUAAUGUUGCAUCAGGAGCGCGAACAAGCUAUUAUAGACGAAAUUAAACGACUCGAGCGACUGCAACGACUCGCCGAGAAAGUGCAUCGUGAGAUGAAAACGACUGACAACAGAUUGGAGGAGCUCGAGAGACGUGUAGAAGACGAAGCACGCAGGCUCGAUCGCCUUCAUCCUUUGGAAGCAAAACAUGCGGUGGACUUGCUGGAACAGGACAUACGCAGUACGGAAACCCAAAUACAGAAUAUAUUUACCGAUGUGCAUACCCUUACAGAGGGUAGAUACAGUCAGGCGCCCGAGCUUCAUAAGAGAGUACAAAAACUGCAUCAAAGAUGGGUUGUACUACGAUCUCUCCUGCAUAGGCGUCUGGUACAACCUCUCUCUGCGGUUUCCUUCCCUGUAGAGGAACGUGUUGUCACGAAACAUCGCACUACCGUUCAUGAAACACGAUUAGUUGAUACCAAUCCACAUUUCCGCGCGUUACACGAUUGCAUAGACUGGUGUAAGAGCAAAUUGAAGCAUCUACAAGAAGCGGAUUACGGAUCGGAUUUGCCUAGCGUGCAAAAUGAAUUGGAUGUACAUCAACGAGAGCACAAGAACAUCGAUCAAUUCAAAGCCAAGGUCGACAAGUGCGUACAGGCAAAGAACAAUUUCCAUGGCGAAGAACUCACGUUGUACAGCCAGCAUCUUAACACUCUGCAAAAACUUUAUGCUGAGCUUCUUAACGUAUCGAGUAAGAGGCUUUCUGAUUUGGAUACUCUGCACGAUUUUAUACAGUCAGCUACUGGCGAAUUGGUUUGGUUAAACGCCAAGGAGGAAACAGAAGUCACGCGCGAUUGGAGCGACAAGAACUUGAAUGUACAGAGCAUCGAGCAAUAUUACGAGUCUUUGAUGAGUGAUUUAGAGAAACGUGAGAUACAAUUUUCGGCAGUACAAGAUCGUGGUGAGGCAUUAGUUCUUCAGCAUCAUCCUGCAGCGAAAACGAUCGAAGCUUACAUGUCCGCGAUGCAAACUCAGUGGGCUUGGUUAUUACAACUUACUCUUUGCCUUGAAGUACAUCUAAGACACGCCGCGCAAAACCAGCAAUUUUUCAAAGAAGUUCAGCAAGCCGAACAGUGGAUCUCCAAACAGGAUGAAACGCUGAAUACUGUUUACUCGCAAUCUGAUUUCUCAUUGGACGAGGGAGAGCGACUUCUAAAAGGCAUGCAAGAGUUGCGCGAGGAGCUUAAUAAUUAUGGUGAUCACGUACAGAGACUCGUGGAGAGAGCAAAGGACAUCGUUCCUAUGAAGCAACGCAAGCAACCUGUUAUGCGACCGUUACAGGUCACUUGUAUCUGUACCUACAAACAAGUUAAUAUGUCCAUCGAGAAAGGAGAACAAUGUACGCUGUAUGAUAAUUCCGGCAGAGUUAAAUGGCGUGUCAAAAACACGCAGGGAGUGGAAUCUCCUGUACCAGGUGUUUGCUUUGCGCUGCAACCUCCCGAUAAGGAAGCAUUGGAUGCUGCAGAAAGAUUAAGACGACAGUAUGACAGAAGUGUUGCUCUCUGGCAACGAAAACAAUUGAGACUAAGACAAAACAUGAUAUUCGCGACUAUCAAGGUGGUCAAGGGUUGGGAUCUGCCGCAAUUUUUGGCGAUGGGACAAGAUCAACGUACAGCUAUCAGAAAAGCGUUGAACGAAGAUGCAGAUAAGUUACUAUCCGAAGGAGAUCCGGCGGAUCCACAACUUAGGAGAUUGAAACGCGAGAUGGCGGACGUUAAUCGACUAUUCGAUGAUUUCGAGAAGCGCGCCAGAGCCGAGGAAGAAUCGAAAAAUGCCGGACGCAUUUUCAACGAUCAAGCGUCUUUGCUUCAGCAAGCACUCGACGAAGCCGAGCGAGUACUGAACGCACGCAUAGCUGCGCCCUUACCUCGAGAUCUCGAUAGCUUGGAACAUCUCGUAUUACAGCACAAAGACUACGAACAAAAUCUGCAACGCUUGGCGCCGGACGUGGAACAAAUGCAACAGACAUUCCGCGGAAUCACCCUGAAAACUCCGGCGAUGAGAAAUAAACUUGAUAAUAUUACGAGCAAAUGGAGUCAUUUGUGGAACCUGAGCAGCUUGUAUGUUGAGCGCUUGAAGUGUGUCGAGAUUGUGCUGUCCAGCCUCGAAGAAAACACGACGGCAAUCUCCGAGUUUGAGAUUAAGUUGGCCUCCUUCGGCGAGUUACCAUCGGACGUGAAGGGCUUGCAAAGCGUGUUGGAAGAUCUGAUGGUUCUUCAAAAUGCUAUCGCUCAGCAACAAGUGUCAGUAGAUCAAUUGAAUGAAGAUGCGCAUAACGCCAGGCGUCUUGUAGAGAAAUCGAGACCAAAUCAUCGAGGUCCGCACGGCGACAUGGACAGAUUGGACGCUGAGGUCAACAAACUAAAUGCACGAUGGACGAACGUUUGCGGGCAGCUGGUCGAUAGACUGCGCAGUGCCGAAACAGCCUACGGAUUGGCGCAACAGUAUCAAAACUCAUAUCAAAACGAAGUGGACUUUGUCGAUGAAUCAUACGGAAAAUUAGAACUGGAGAAUACGAAGAACCUGUUGAGCAAGGUGUUGGAUCGCACGCCGGCAAUCGAAGCGGUGAAUAUCACUGGCGGUAGAUUGAUCCGUGAAGGGAAGAUCUACGGACAAAGGCUCCGAGCGUUCAAAGAACAAUUGGAAGAUAUCUGCCCGUCGUUGGACGCAUCGGUGAAGAGGCCACGGAGAGAUUCCGUUAUUACGGUCGAUAAUGUUGCGCGCGAUCUAGAUACCCUGAACCGAAGAUACACAACCCUCGUGAAUCUGCUUGAGGAGCGAGUCAGACAGUUGGCACUAUUACAUCCUGAGGACACUUCCUUACAGCGUGUUCUUCAAGAACAAAGGCCACUGCGGACGUUCCGCACAGAGUUCAACAUAUAUGAAAGCACUACUAGCGAAGAGCGUUACACAUCCACAACCACACACUACACCCAGUCUCAAUAUACCUCCGAGAGGCAUGAGUCCACCGAGACGACUUUCUCGAGCGAGACUUCGAAGCGAAGUUAUAAUGCGGAGCAGGCCGUGUACCGUCCUAAUGACGAGACCACCAGCCUGGGUGCGGUUCAACCCGUUGAUGCCGGUGGUACUCUGCUCAAACGCUUGCACGAAAGCGGUACGACGAAUUAUGACAGGCAACAGCAGCAGCAGGAGUUUUCGUCCGUUGUGGACGGCGGGUUUAGUAACGAGCUUAGAAGGGUCGACGAUAGGGGUAAUAUUAUCGAAUCGGUUCACGUGAUGGACGUUAAGUGUAUCAUAGAUCAGAGCACCGGCAAAGUUCUUAGCGUACGCGAGGCAAUUCGACUCAAGAUCCUCGACGUUAGGAAUCUUAGGAUAGUGACAUCAAGCGAUGGCAGAACGAGCGUGUCGAUCCAGGAGGCCGCGCGUGACGGUAUCAUCAACGCGGAGAUGGCCGAUUGGCUGUUAACUUCAAACGGUCGGGUGUCUAUGCUCGCGACGAUGAGUGAGGAGCUCAACGACGAACGGGCCGACAUCGCGGAUCGAGUUAAGGUAACGACAGCACGUCGUGACGACGGUGGUGGAAGUAAUGCCGCCACCACGGGAAUUAGCGUUGUCGAUGCGAUGAGAAAGGGCUUGUUGGAUCCGAUCACGGGAGAGGUCAUUGCUGAGAAUGGCGAGCGAAUCUCAAUUGAAGAAGCAUACUCACGCGGCUAUCUUACUAAGGUGGACGUGACCGUUAGGGUAACUCGUAGUGCCAUCGCACUCUCCGACGCAAUAUCGCAAGGUCUUGUGGACGAUCGGACCGGCCGUAUCGUCGAUAGGAUUACCGGCGAGUCUUAUCCAUUGGACGAAGCCGUCGACAAAAAUAUUAUCAAUGCGAAUGUGAAAGAGAUUGUGGACACGAGGAGUGACAACAAGAUGACGGUGGCUGAGGCUAUGAAACAUGGUAUACUGAAUGCCAAAAGCGGUAGAUAUAUGCACGGCUUGUCGAUGGAGAAACUGCCGUUCAAGGAAGCUCGUCGUCGGCAAUUGAUCGUCAAGCCAAUGACGCUCAAGGAUUGUUACGAUCUAGAAAUUAUCGACGACAAAGGCAAAAUUGUUAGUCCAGCACAUCGUGACAAAUUAACGAUAUUGGAGGCCAUAUCACGCGGAGUCUUAGACUCGGAGAACAUCAAGUCCAUAGUAGACACUCGAACCGGCGAAAUGAUUACGCUAGCAGACGCCUUAACCAGUGGUAUAAUUAAAAUCGAUGGCACGUAUCGCGACAUGUUGAAAGGUGAAAAGUUCUCUAUUUCUGAAGCCGUCGAGAAAGGACUGAUUACGUCAGUGAAUCAAAAGAGUAUCUUUGACAUCGAUGGUUUCAAAGAUCCAGUUUCCGGCGAAUACAUUAGUCUGAAUGCUGCAUUAUUAAAAGGUCUGAUCAGCUCAAAAUCCGGCGGUACUUUCACGAUCGACCUGAAAACUGGAAAGACUGUUUCGCUGAGCGAAGCAGAAGAACAAGGUUAUAUUAGGCCGGAAGUACUGGAGAUGUUAAGCCAUGGCAUCGGCAUUACUGAGAACGGGCGCGAGACGAGCGUUCUCGAGGCUGUGCUGCUCGGAUUGUUAGAUCCUAAGUCCGGUCAAUUAUUGGAUCCGCGCAGCAAAAGGAUAGUGCCUUUGGAGGAGGCGAUCAAGCGAGGACUUAUUACUCCCGAUGGUGCUGCAUUGCUCACUAGUUUAUUAAAUAUUGCAGUCACCACGCAAACUGUGACGAAGACCAUCAAAAAAUACGUGACGACUCUGCAAACUGGUGAAACUGUUACAAGAGAUUACAAAAUUAGUUAUGAAGAAGCGUUGAGCAACGGUUUGAUUAAUGAAAGUAAAAAUGAAUUUAGGGAUCCUGAUUCGGGAAUGACGAUGUCCAUCGAAGACGCCUUUGAACAAAAUUUGCUCGGUGAUGAUGUUCGCCAGCAUGUUGUACAUUCGCAAGAACGUGCUUCAGAUUCGUUACGUACAACUUUCGAAAGUACCUUGACGACAAGUAUCGGUGAAGUACCUCGAAGUAGAAGAAGCGAAUCACCACCUAGAGCAAUCGGCACGGUUACCACUAUUAUUACCAAAGAAAUUGCUCCGCGAGCAUCGUCUACACCGAUAAAAGAAUCAUCUUCAGUUACAAUGACAGUCAUACCAUCAGCGACGACUGAUUCUGUGUUCGAAUUACCCACGGAUGGUUGGACACUCGCCGAAGCUAUCGAUAAGAAACUGCUUGAUUCUGUUACAGGUCUUUUCAUAAUUCCAGGCACUGAUAGAUUGGUUUCUUUCGAGGAAUGUAUUAAGUUGCAGAUCAUCAAUCCAAAUUCUGGUUUCGUUAUUGAUCCCACCAAUGGAAGAAAGGUAUCCUUGGUGCGAAGUUUAGAAAAAAACAUUCUGGACUCUACGGGUCAUUAUUGUUAUCCACAAAAAAUCUCGAUGAGAGAAGCGAUCGCGAAUGGAACGAUUAUAUUGGAAGACUAUCCGAGCAUAGGUAGCGAUAGCACUAACCAGAGACUUCUUCAGAUCACAAGAGUUUCAGGCAAGCCUGAUAAAGUGGAGUUGACUCGUGCUGGCGAUCCUUCUCAGCAAAUGGAAAUAAAAGUUAGUGACGAAAUGUCUAUGCCGGAUCCGGUACAGGUAACUCAGGGAGUGAUUUACGAUCCAGGAACAGCCUUAGUAAUCUCCACAAAAACCGGAAAAUCUGCAAAUCUUUUAGCCGCUGUUUCUGAAGGAACGAUACCGUCUACUGCUGUAAUCGUUAAAGAUCCAACAACAGGUAAAGACAUUGGCAUGGCGGAAGCUGUUAAUCGCGGUAUUCUGAAUAUAAAUACAUGCGAAUAUAAAAUCGAUGAUGGCAGAAAGAUAUCACUGAUCGACGCGGCGAAGUUCGGAGUGGUGUUCGUUCUGGGUGCUCCUCUCGCGGCUACCGCGGCCGCCAUAGAAGCGGUACAGAGAACGAUGGUCAAAGAUCCAGUAACUGGUAAGAAGGUGCCAAGAGAAGUCGCCAUUGAACGUGGCAUUAUACCAAUGGACGAUAACGCAACUUCACCGAUUAUUGAAUCUGCAAGUAGUACGCCUGAUGAAAAUGAAAAAGUUAUUAUAAAACAUGUACACGAUGAAUUUGGAAAAGUUCGCACUCCCAAGGAGGACGCUAAGAAUACCACUUUGAUUGAUUCAUCAAAAUCCGCCAAUGAUGUUACAGAUAGCGACAGUUUAGGUACGAAGACCAGAGCGCGAGUGACGGUCGAGCCGAGGUAUCAAGUUACGAUUGGUAAAGCGAGAACAUUAUCACAAAGUCCCGAGCGAGAAGCAAAACCUAUCGUUCUGCAGAAGAUGCGAAAGAGGAUAGUAAAUGUUAAGGAAGCGUUGCAGAGUGGUUUCAUCGACAUGGAAACAGCAGAUACCUUCGCGAAGAAAAUGUGCAAUGAAAAAGGGGAACCAAUCACUCUUUCUGAGGCAAUACGUGACAAUCGAAUAGACGCCAAUCAGGGUCAGAUCGUGGAUCCACAAAGAGGCGAUGUGCUUAGUAUCAAACAGGCUAUUGAUCGCGGAAUCCUUGAUCCAGAAAGCGCGCAUAUAUUAGUACCUUUGGCAAAAAGCUUGUCCGUGCCCAGCUUAUAUACACAAGGUUUACUAGAUCCUGUAGAGGGUAAAAUCGUUCAUCCUGAAACAGGCGCGCAUCUCACUCUCAACGAGGCUAUAGUAUGCGAGAUAGUGGAUCCUCUAUCUAACUUGAUGUUCACUUUUGAUGGCCGUACGGAAACAUUGCAGUCUGCUAUUGCAAACGAUACUGUCGAUGCAGAAAGAUUAUUGGUCAGAACGCAAGGCGGUAGCGUUGAUUUGGUAAAUGCGAUAGAGAACAAAGUGCUUGAGUUAAAGGGACCGGCUGAAUCUUUCAACAUACCGCCGGCAGGAAUGACAUUCCCCGUUGCAUUAAAACGUGGGUUGAUAGACAUCAGCAAGAAAGAAAUACGUCAUCCCAUUACCGGAGAGAAUUUACCACUGGAGGAUGCUAUAAAGAGAGAUUUUAUUAUGGCAUUACCAUAUCCAGUGACUCCUGACAGUAUCGAAAUAACGAAGGCUUUAGAAUCAGGAUUGAUUGACAGGGACAAUGCUAUAUUUUUCCAUCCUACUACGGGAACUCCGAUUCCAAUUGCUGAAGCUGUCGAAUCUGGUUUACUCAUCAUCAAAUCGCCUCGUGAUGAAAACACAGCUGCCAUCACUGAAACGGUUACAUCGUACCACACUAUCACGACUAAGACUGUUGAACUUUUAUCAGGUUAUGCGCUGAAGAACCCGACGGAAGUACAAGAUAUCAAUACCGGUAAUAUUAUUACUAUCGAAGAGGCCCGACAAAGAGGUAUUGUUAAGAAUGUAUCUGAAACUAAACAAGAAUUUACGACGAAAGAUAUCAAAAUGUCCUUUGAUCACGCGGUGGAAAAAGGAUUUGUAGAUAUGAAAAAGGGAAUUUAUACUGAUCCUCGCACCGGUACCAUAAUGUCUAUUGCUAAAGCCAUUGAAGAAGGAAUUCUCGAUACUUCAUCUAGCAAGAGUGAAUCCGUAACAUCUAGGAAAUCGCUUAAUAACAGUUUGACUGUAUUAGAAGCGGUCGAGCAAAUUUACGAUGAAGAAACUGAGACGUUUAAAAAUCCCGAGACGAACGAAUCUUACAAUUUGACGGAAGCGAUAAAAGUGGGACUAAUCGAACCCGAUUCCGUACUUUAUAAUGUUAAAACUAAUGAAUCUAUUACUACCAAAGAGGCAGUUGAGAAAGGUUUACUCGAUCCUGCCACUGGAAAAAUGAAGAUUGCACAGGAUCAGAAGGAUCAUUCGAUUAGCAUAGCGGAAGCUGCAAAAAUGGGUCUUCUAGCAGUUGUAGCCGCACCAGUUUUGGCUGGAAAAGCAGUUGUUGAUGCAAUUUCAAAUCGCAAAUCUAAAAAAUCAAAGCCGAGUGCAUCCAUAACAAAAUUAUCUGUUUCAACGAAGAAAGAAUCAAGUCUACCAGCAAAAAUUAUUUCCAGCCAAAUUCAAAUUACUCAGAAAUCUCAUGUUGAUUCUCAGACUGGAGAUAAGUCCAACAUAAUGGAAACGCAGAAACAAGCACUUUCGGAUACAAGAAUGACAGAAACGAUCCAAACUACAGAGAUGGAAAUGGAGAACGAUAGCCAAUUAAGAAGAGUCUCAGACGAAGAAAUACCAAGACACAUUUCGAUAACGAAAGAAUUAACGCCUCAGGUUCUUGCGGAAUUUGGAGUGUUUGAUCCUGUAAGAGAAAAAUUUUUGGAUCCAGAAACAGGUACCAUCACUUCCUUCAAUGAUCUAGUAUUGAACUUGAAUGUCUUCGAUCCAGACCGAGUAUUCGUCAAGGAUCUAUCAUCUAAGACGGAUUUGUACGUGAAAUUACACGAGGCAAUCAGCCGACCUCUCGUAGACAGGAACGUUGCUUAUAUGGUUGAUCCAAAAACCGGUAAAAAAAUACCUUUCUUUGAGGCGGUACGUUUGGGAUGGAUCAAGGAGGAACCAGAGGAUGAAACGAAUACAGAACAGUUCGCAGAAUCGCAGGCUCUAGACUUGCAAGAAGCUAUCGAUAUCGGUGUAUGCAAUCCCAUCACUGGAACAAUUCAAGAUCCAAAAACGGGACAAGUUUUAUCUAUGAACGAAGCUAUUGAUACAGGACUCAUUGACGUUGACGGGCUUGGUGUGAGAAAUCCAAUUACUGACGAAAUUGUGCCAUUUUCUGAAGCACUGGAGACAGGUGUCGUAGAUCUUCGCAAGGAUGUUGUUGUCAAUACGGAAACAAGAACGGAAAUCAAUAUUACGACGGCGUUUUUACGAGGUCUAAUUGUACCCAGUUCUCGCAAACCAAUCUCAUUGGAAGCUAUUAUUAGGCAAGGUCACUACGACACCGAGACAGGAAAAAUACAAGAUCCUCUAACUAAACAAUUGAUCGACGUUGAGGAAGGUGUUCAUAGAAAUAUUGUUGAUGCUUUUAUCACCGAGAUUGAGGAUACAAAAGCCGGUUCAUCCGUCUCGUUGGAUGAUGCGCUGACUAUGAACUUAUUGAUUCCUAAUACAGGUCGUUUGCGCGAUACAAAAGCUGGAGAGCUUCUACCCUUAGACGUAGCGCUUGAUAAACGUUUGAUUAUCACAACACCAUUCGUGCCUUCGCUGAUUGACGCUAUUAUUCAGCAAUACUAUUCACCGAAAACUGGCCUCGUUUUGAAUCCAAUGACGGGUGAAGAUAUAACGUUGAAGGAGGCAUUAGCCAUUGGUUAUGUUAACGGCUCCACUACAGUAGUAAAAGAUGAUAGAAAAGAUAACGUUAUUCCUCUCAAUGAAGCAGAGGAAAGUAAUCUAAUAGAUUUAGUAAGAGGAAUAUUUACUUAUCCGCAUUCUAUGUCAUUGGACAUCGCCUUUGAGAAAGGAUACAUUUUGAGUACCGUGAAACCAUGGACGUUACAAGAAGCUUUAGCUCUUCAAAUUUAUGAUCCAAAAUUAGGCACUUUUAAUAUUGAUGAUAAUAAUUAUACUUUAGAGGAGGCGAUGGAAAAAGGCUUUAUUAGCAAAGACAGUCCAUCGAUUAAAGAUCCGAGAAACAACGAUAUAAUAUCUCUGGGUGACGCUAUUAAACACGGCUUUAUCAACGCGAAGACCAGUACGGCAGUGGAUCCAUGUACCAGUGCGCCUCUUUCGUUAACUGAUGCUUUAGAUCGCGGUUUUAUAGUGCCAGCAAAACGUAAGAUAUCCCUACCGGAUGCCAUCUUCAAAGGCUUAUACGACCCCAAAACCGGACAAUUCACAAUACCUGAUACGCAAGAGAAGCUUCCUACCGAUCGUGCGAUUAAGAUGGGCGUGAUAGAUGCCACAACUGCGAUCGUACGAGAUCCAAAUGGUGACGUGAUGACAUUCAAUAAAGCUAUUAAAACUUCCAUAGUUGAUCCCAAAUCCGGAACAGUUAGUCAUGCCAGAGGACCGCCUGUAGAUUUCCAGGAAGCGCUGGAACGUGGUUUGCUCCUUGAAACGAGGAGACCUAUGAGUUUCAGCGAAGCAAUUUCAAAAGGCAUCCUCGAUGAUAAAACCAAUAAAUUUUUAGAUCCGCAAACGGGCAUUUACCUAACAAUAUUGGAAGCUAUUCAAAAGAAUUUAAUAGACGCUGAUUCAGUUACCGUCAAGGAUAUGAGAUCCAGCAUCUGGAAAACGAUGACGCUAAUAGAAGCUAUACAAUCUGACUAUAUGGACGGCACUACUGGCUAUCUCAAAGAUACUAACAAGAGUAACAGAAAUGUAUCUCUGAGAGACGCCUUUGAAUCUGGCCUCAUCGUUGAUAAUAGAGCAGCCGUGUCUUUGCAGCGUGCCAUCCAUCAAGGAUUGUAUGAUGAUAACACGGGCAAGAUCACUGAUCCCAGUACAGGUAGAGCCGUGACGUUGCAUGAAGCGAUGAGGAAGUGCGUAAUUAGCCCCACAUUACCAUGUUACUGGGACAAGCGUGGCGAACGUUUAUUAUCAUUAGCGGAAACAUGUCGUGCUGGCGUAAUUGAUAGGCGCACCGGUAUGUUCAAAGAACCCGGCACCAGUGGUUCAGUUUCAUUAUCGGUCGCGUUACAGCUGGGUCUUAUCGUCGAUAUAGAGAGUAUGGGAUUUGGUUUAUACGAGGCAAUAUUAAUGAAUAUGUACGACGUUUCAUCAGGCAAAUUUGUACAUCCAACCAGCAAUCAUAAGCUGACGCUAGCUGAGUCUUGCCAAGUGGAUCUAAUAAAUCCCUUGACAUCAAUUGUCAAGUGUACCAGAUCUAACAAAUAUAUCCCACUGGCUGAAGCAAUUUCUUUGAGCAUUGUCGAUGACGUUCGUGGCAUGUAUAUCAUUCGUGAACUUGACAAAGCGAUUAAUUUGCAAGAAGCGGCGAAAAAGGGCUUCAUCGUCACAUCAAAAACGCCUCUCUCGAUCGAAGAGACGAUCAAAUGCUAUCUUUACCGUAGUGAUAGCGGUAAAUUUACUAAUCCCGUUGUUAACGAAUAUUAUGAUCUUCUUCAAGCGAUUAAUUGUGGUCUUGUAGAUCCUGAUACUACUGCCUUAAAGGAUGCGACAACCGGACAGAUCAAGUCGCUAUUAAUAGGCAUCGAAGACGGGACGGUCGAUGUGUCUCGAGGAAGAAUACUGGAUCCUAAAACGACACGCGCUUUUAAUAUCGAUGUAGCUUUAGAAAGAGGUCUAUUGGUCACUAUUGACAAACCUCUAGCACAACAAAUAGCACAUAGAUCACCUUUAGAGGCAUCCAAAGCCGGACUUGGCGACAGAAAUGUCAAAGAAUGCACUUUAGAAGAAGCGAUUAACUAUCAACUUAUUGAUCCGAAUACGUCGGUUGUAAGAGACUCUAGAACCGGUCGAUUUGUAACGACGGCAAGAGCGAUUGCGGACGGUGUCGUAGAUCUCUCCGUCAGAGGCACGGUUGAACUAAACAGCGAAAGCAAAAGAAAACCGCGUUUCGUGCGUUUCGGUGAUGUCACCGUAUUUAUUAGAGAACCUUUCACUUUUGAGGAGGCAGUGGAGAAAGAGUAUCUGUCGCUAGAAUCGGGAAAAUUUACGGAUCCGAUCUCGAACGAACAAUUUACUCUAAAAGAGGCGAUUCGCAGAAAAAGAAACUAG